AUGCUUUCAUUUUGUCCACACUGCCACAAUAUGCUGUUGGUUUCGCAAGCCGACAGCGGAGCUUAUGCUCUACAAUGUGGUGCGUGUCCGUAUGCUUUCCCCAUUGAAGGCGUUGAGGUAUAUGAUCGGAAAACACUGCCAAGAAAAGAAGUUGAUGAUGUUUUGGGUGGUGGCUGGGAUAAUGUAGAUCAAACUGGGGUACAGUGCCCGAAUUACGACCAGUGUGCUGGUGAAAGAGCCUAUUUUUUUCAACUGCAGAUCCGCUCUGCUGAUGAGCCAAUGACUACUUUUUACAAAUGUGUAAAUUGUGGUAACCGGUGGAGAGAAAACUGA